AUGACAAGUCCCCCAAUUGCAUCAAUUGCCCCCCUAAAGAGACGAAGGAUGCGCGCCGACGCGCUUGAUCGUCUACAGCAUGCUCCCGCCCAGCAGUCACGGUCCGACAUCGCCGCCUGGCUGUCGGGGUGCGACUCGACCCCGCCUCCCGAUAGUGUAUCCCUCGCCCACGACCACCAUCCUCAUCCUACCGGCCUGCGCAAACGCCGCCGCAUUCUGGGUGAAAUCCGCCACAAUCAGAAAAUGGUCGAAGUGGAUAGCAGUAACAAUCAAGAAAGGGGCGCAAGGGGAAAGGCGGCGCCUAAAGCUCGCGGCAUUGAAGGCACCCGUCGCUCCAACCGCCUCGCUGACCUGCCUAUGCGCCAAACAACAACACCUGCGAGCUUUGCUAACAAAGACACCUGGCCCAAUGAGUCCAACGUUGGUACUGCGAUCGUGGAGCCGGCGCAGCCCCAGCGGAUUCCCCUGAAACUGCCUGGCCCUGUCCUGUCUGCUUCAUCCACCAUAUCCUCCUCGACCCGGCGUAGCCGCAGCCGUUCGUCGUCGCCAUCAAAGCGGGGCCCUAUCCUCAAGAGAGAGAAUCUCCAACACCUCGACCCGCCUAUCAACGUCAUCGGUAGCAGGCGGAAGGCGCAGGAGGAGUAUGGGGUCGAUCUGCCAGCUGCGGUAGCUAAGUUGUGGGAGCAAUGUGAGCAAUGUACCAUCACCACCCUCCCCCGCAACCCCUUUUUCGCCGCCGCCGACGAACGUAAUCAGCAGGCCAUCGAGCGCACCCUGGACAUGGCACUGGGGCAGGCAGAGGAAUGCCGGGAAUGCGCAGCGCCAGAAUGUCAGUGGAUUGCCAAGGUCAUCCAGCCGAUCCUAAAUUCACUUGAGCUGCUGGCAUUUGCAUCGCGUACCUCGCCCACCGCCAACGAUAAAAUUGGCGUCUUUGACAUCCGCACAAUCGAAAUGUCCCCUGAAUGCGUGCCCGGGAGCACGCUGCCCACCCGUUUCAAAGAUCUUGAUAAAAAGAUCGACCUCGCCAUCGGCCUACAGCUACACCACAUGACUAAAGCCGCCCUCUGUACCGCGCAAGCAAAAACUGACGAACCCUCCAAGGCCAUUAACCAGGCCUCGACCUUCAUCCACCAAAACCCGCUACUCCUCAGCAUCGAGGUUAAGCGCACAUAUGGCGGCACCGAUCCGGUGAUCCAGUUGGCUGCUUGGGUCGCCGCCGAGUUUAUUAAGCGCGAGAUCGAAGAAGUAGAUAUCGGGAUGCCGGCGCUAGCCGUGGAGAUUGAGGGCGAUUACUGGCGGUUGUAUGCUGUGGUUGCGACAAUAGAAAGAAGGCUAACUGGAAAUCAGCUUGUGGAAGCGGAUCUGAAUGCAAAUGACACUGAGGGGACGCUCAGACUUAGCGUUAUUGGCCAAGUGACGCUGGGGAGCACGGAUACUUGGCUCAGCAUGUGUCGUUUAUAUGCUAAUUUGUGUUGCAUUGUAGAUUGGGGCCGGACCGUGUAUCUAGAGUGGUUUGAACGCGAGGUUCUUGGCGUCUAUGAGAAGAAGGCCGCGGCGGCUGUUGGGCGAAAUUAA